AUGGCCGCCGCCGGCGCCCGGCGCAGCCCCGGCCCCAGCUCGGGGCUCCGGGGGCGGUUGAGGCUCGGCUUCCCCCCGCCGCCGCCGCUGCUGCUCCUGCUCCUGCUGGCCGGCGCCACCGCCGCCGUCUCGCGGGAGCCCGACAGCCCCUGCCGGCUCAAGACAGUCACGGUGUCCACGCUGCCUGCCCUGCGGGAGAGCGACAUCGGCUGGAGCGGCACCCGCGCCGGGGCCGGGGCCGGGACCGGGGCCGCCGCCGCCGCGUCCCCGGGCUCCGCCGGCUCCGCGGGCGCCGCCGCCGAGUCGCGGCUGCUGCUCUUUGUGCGUAACGAGCUGCCGGGGCGCGUCGCGGUGCAGGACGACCUGGACAACACGGAGCUGCCCUUCUUCACCCUGGAGAUGUCGGGCACAGCUGCGGACAUCUCGCUGGUCCACUGGCGGCAGCAGUGGCUGGAGAACGGCACCCUGUACUUCCACGUGUCCAUGAGCAGCUCCGGGCAGCUGGCCCAGGCCACCGCCCCCACCCUCCAGGAGCCCUCGGAGAUCGUAGAGGAGCAGAUGCAUAUCCUCCACAUUUCUGUGAUGGGUGGCCUCAUCGCCCUGCUGCUGCUGCUGCUGGUAUUCACCGUGGCGCUGUACGCCCAGCGGCGCUGGCAGAAGCGGCGCCGCGCCCCCCAGAAGAGCGCCAGUACGGAAGCCACGCACGAGAUUCACUACAUCCCUUCCGUGCUGCUGGGCCCGCCGGCGCGGGAAGGCUUCCGCUCCUCCCGGCUGCAGGCGCAUAACUCGGUCAUCGGCGUGCCCAUCCGCGAGACGCCCAUCCUGGAUGACUACGACUACGAGGAGGAGGAAGACCUGCCCCGGCGGGCCAACCACGUCUCCCGCGAGGACGAGUUCGGCAGCCAGGUGACCCACAGCCUGGACAGCCUGGGCCGACCAGGGGAAGAGAAGGCUGACUUCGAGAAGAAAGCGGCGGCUGAGGCGACGCAGGAGCCAGUGGAGUCCCUGAUGCAGAAGUUCAAGGAGAGCUUCCGCGCGAACACGCCCAUCGAGAUCGGUCAGCUGCAGUCAGCACCCCGCAGCAUCUCAGCCGGGAGGCGGAAGAGGAGAAGCAGGCCCCGAGGGGGCAUCAGCUUUGGGAGAACCAAGGGGACGUCCGGGUCCGAGGCGGACGAUGAAACGCAGCUGACAUUCUACACGGAGCAGUACCGCAGCCGUCGCCGCAGCAAAGGUUUGCUGAAAAGCCCCGUGAACAAGACGGCCCUGACACUGAUUGCCGUGAGCUCCUGCGUCCUGGCCAUGGUGUGUGGCAGUCAGAUGUCCUGUCCACUCACGGUGAAGGUGACUUUGCAUGUGCCCGAGCACUUCAUUGCAGACGGGAGCAGCUUUGUGGUGAGUGAAGGGAGCUACCUGGACAUCUCCGACUGGUUAAACCCGGCCAAGCUGUCCCUGUAUUACCAGAUCAACGCCACCUCCCCAUGGGUGAGGGACCUCUGCGGACAGAGGACCACAGAUGCCUGUGAGCAGCUCUGCGACCCAGAAACUGGAGAGUGCAGCUGUCACGAAGGCUACGCCCCUGACCCGGUUCACAGACACCUGUGCGUGCGCAGUGACUGGGGGCAGAGUGAAGGUCCCUGGCCAUACACGACACUGGAGAGGGGCUACGAUCUGGUGACAGGGGAGCAAGCCCCUGAAAAGAUCCUCAGGUCUACUUUCAGCUUGGGCCAAGGACUCUGGCUUCCUGUCAGCAAAAGCUUCGUGGUCCCACCUGUGGAGCUGUCCAUCAACCCACUGGCCAGCUGCAAGACUGACGUGCUCGUCACAGAAGACCCCGCAGAUGUCAGGGAGGACGCGAUGCUGUCCACAUACUUUGAAACCAUCAACGACCUGCUGUCCUCCUUUGGGCCUGUCCGUGACUGCUCUCGGAACAACGGGGGCUGCACGCGCAACUUCAAGUGCGUGGCUGACCGUCAGGUGGACUCCUCGGGGUGUGUGUGCCCCGAGGAGCUGAGGCCCAUGAAGGAUGGCUCGGGCUGCUACGACCACUCCAAAGGCAUCGACUGCUCCGACGGCUUCAACGGCGGCUGCGAGCAGCUGUGUCUGCAGCAGACGGUGCCCUUACCCUAUGACGCCACCUCCAGCACCAUCUUCAUGUUCUGCGGCUGUGUGGAGGAGUACAAGCUGGCCCCUGAUGGAAAGUCCUGCCUUAUGCUCUCAGAUGUCUGCGAAGGCCCCAAGUGCCUCAAGCCUGACUCCAAGUUCAACGACACCCUCUUUGGAGAGAUGCUACACGGUUACAACAACCGGACCCAGCACGUGAACCAAGGCCAAGUCUUCCAGAUGACCUUUAGGGAGAACAACUUCAUCAAGGACUUCCCGCAGCUGGCCGACGGGCUGCUGGUGAUCCCGCUGCCAGUGGAGGAGCAGUGCCGGGGGGUCCUGUCCGAGCCCCUCCCGGACCUGCAGCUGCUCACUGGAGACAUCAGGUACGACGAGGCCAUGGGGUACCCCAUGGUGCAGCAAUGGCGCGUCCGCAGCAACCUCUACCGCGUGAAGCUCAGCACCAUCACCCUCUCGGCAGGCUUCACCAACGUCCUCAAGAUCCUGACCAAGGAGAGCAGUCGGGAGGAGCUGCUGUCCUUCCUCCAGCACUACGGCUCACACUACAUCGCGGAGGCCCUCUACGGCUCCGAGCUCACCUGCGUCAUUCACUUCCCCAGCAAGAAGGUCCAGCAGCAGUUGUGGCUCCAGUACCAGAAAGAGACCACGGAGCUGGGCAGCAAGAAGGAGCUGAAGUCCAUGCCCUUCAUCACCUACCUCUCAGGCCUGCUGACGGCCCAGAUGCUGUCGGAUGACCAGCUCAUCUCGGGUGUGGAGAUCCGCUGUGAGGAGAAAGGCCGCUGUCCGUCUACCUGCCACCUCUGCCGCCGCCCAGGCAAGGAGCAGCUGAGCCCCACCCCAGUGCUGCUGGAGAUCAGCCGUGUGGUUCCACUGUACACGCUCAUCCAGGACAACGGCACCAAAGAGGCCUUCAAGAGUGCGCUGAUGAGCUCUUACUGGUGCUCGGGGAAAGGGGAUGUGAUCGACGACUGGUGCAGGUGUGACCUCAGCGCCUUCGACGCCAGUGGGCUCCCCAACUGCAGCCCCCUCCCGCAGCCGGUGCUGCGGCUCUCCCCAACAGUAGAGCCCUCUAGCACCGUGGUCUCCUUGGAGUGGGUGGACGUUCAGCCAGCUAUUGGGACCAAGGUCUCUGACUAUAUUCUGCAGCACAAGAAAGUGGAUGAGUACACAGAUACAGACCUCUACACGGGAGAAUUCCUGAGUUUUGCCGAUGACUUACUCUCUGGCCUGGGUACAUCUUGUGUAGCAGCUGGUCGAAGCCAUGGAGAGGUCCCUGAAGUCAGUAUCUACUCCGUCAUCUUCAAGUGUCUGGAGCCCGACGGUCUCUACAAGUUCACUCUCUACGCGGUGGAUACACGAGGGAGGCACUCCGAGCUCAGCACAGUGACCCUGAGGACCGCCUGUCCCCUGGUGGAUGACAACAAGGCCGAAGAGAUAGCCGACAAGAUCUACAAUCUGUACAACGGGUAUACAAGCGGCAAGGAGCAGCAGACUGCCUACAACACGCUGAUGGAAGUCUCGGCCUCCAUGCUGUUUCGAGUCCAGCACCACUAUAACUCUCACUAUGAGAAGUUCGGCGAUUUUGUCUGGAGGAGCGAGGAUGAGCUGGGGCCCAGGAAGGCCCACCUGAUCCUCCGGCGGCUGGAGAGGGUGAGCAGCCACUGUUCCAGCCUCCUGCGAAGCGCCUACAUCCAGAGCCGCGUGGACACCGUGCCCUACCUCUUCUGCCGCAGCGAGGAGGUCCGGCCCGCGGGCAUGGUGUGGUACAGCGUCCUCAAGGACACCAAAGUCACGUGCGAGGAGAAGAUGGUGUCCAUGGCCCGGAACACGUACGGGGAGGCCAAGGGCCGGUGAGGGCGGGCGCCGCCCUCCGCGAGCGCAGAGACUCUCCGGGGGAGCGCGAGCGGUGCUCUCGCGGAUCCGGGGCCUGGCGGGGGGGUGGAGCUCGGCUGAGGAUGGGCCACACGGAGGAGGCUUGCCAGCAAGGCCAAAGCAGACUCUCUUGUGGAUAGCCAACGGAGAACUUUGUCACCACUGGAAUUCUUCAUUUGCCCCCAGCUUUUAUUUUUUCUAAGGUAUCAUUUGACUCUAUCAAAGUCUCUCCUUUUUAAACUUUUUCUUACGGAUGGCAGUCAGUCCCGAGGCAGGAGCUUUCAGUUGGAGACCCAGCGGCCUUUCCUCUUCUUCCUUCCUCCUGCCACCCCCCACCCCCCCCACCCUGGCUUCCUUCCUGCUGUGGACCCCAGGAGGAGCCCUGUGGAGAGCUAGUUGGACCCCCUUCAGCAUCAGGAAGGAGGCCCCGAGGAUCAUUGGCAGUGAGGAAGCUUGGGUCUUUAGGACUUUCAUUUUCCAGACAUGUUUGGGUUGGCAGGACCCCUGCCUCUUCCUGCUCCCCCGUGGGUCUGCCCAGAGUCCCUGCAGGACUUCCCAUGCAUUAAAAAUUCCUAUU